CACACCUCCCAGCAGCGCUCUGGUCGCUCUCUCUACUGCACCCUCAUUACAACACCAUGUCCCAUAUUCUGAAACAUUUCGGAACCACACCUCGAUUACUUUUAAAAGACUCUAGCUGAAGUUACAUGGGUAUUUAAAAAUGUUUUUAAAGGUUCAAGUGGCAUAUUAACUAUUUUUACAUUAUUCACGGGAAGACACUCUUGGGAACUCGGCUAAUUAUUAUCUAUGUGGUCUUCAAAAGUAAUCGUGGUGAGAGCAAAGAGUUCCAGAAUAGGGGCCCUGACUCCUGAUGUGUGAAAAAAAAAACUAAGACGUAAGUAGAAUAUAUUAGAAGUAAUGGAAUGUAUGUAUCUCACCAUUUCCUAAGCUAAAAUACCAAAACGCGGAUAUCAAAACGAAUCCCUAUUUUUAAAAAAAUUUUGGGCUACAGAGGUGACAAGUCGGGUUCUCGUGAAUGUUUUGCCAUUGAUGAUGCAGAAUCGUAAAUCUUCAAUAAACUAUCACCAUAACCAUGGAAACACCCCUGAUCGAGGGCCACCGAGAGAACUGAAAUGCCAGCGCAGGAAUAGUUUAAGGCCUCCACCCCUGCAGCCAGCAGGUAAAGGUAGAGAUGGGAGGGCCCCCACCCCAAAGAUCUAAUGGGCCCCCCCAAAGACUCCAUUGGCCCCGGGGCAAUGCUCCGGCUGACCCCCCUUUUCUCGGUGGGCCUGCACCUGAAUACACCAGUAACUUCAAUUGUAGAUUGCUGGAAGAUAAGAACGUGUCCUCCUAUUCCACUCUUCAAAUUAAGCCUCGUCACCCAGUAUUGCGUCAGAGGCAGAGGGUGGUGGUAACAGUGGAAGUUGUGUAAUAUUAGGCUGUAUAAAUGGCACAGGGGAACUGCAUCUUCCCUACUCACUUGACAGCCAAAGAGAAGGAAGCACCAUGGGCGUUCAAACAGUAGUCGUGGCUUUGCUCUCUCUCGCAGCUGCAGGAGUCCACGGGUGCUCUCCGGGCUUUCACGACAUCAGAGGACAAUGCUUCGCCUUCCGCUCCGAGCUGACGGUAACGUGGGAGGAGGCAAGGGACCUGUGUACCCAGAUGGGUUCUAAUACUGUCCUGGCAUCCGUGAAGUCACCUGACAUUCACAGAGACAUCUACGAGUACAUCAUUGCAUACGGUCUGGGCGGGUCUUUCUGGCUGGGCGCCUCUGACGUGGCUGUGGAAGGCGACUGGCACUGGAUGGACGGGAGCCGUGUUGCCCGUAGGACGCCUUACUGGGCCAUCCAUAGCAGCUUCACGGGUUGGAUUCAGGAACCCGAUGGUGGCGCUGAGGAGAACUGCCUAGCGCUUGACUCCUCGAUGAAAUACUACUUCAACGAUCUUUCCUGCAGCCUCUUACACCACGCCGUGUGCGAGGAACGCCUGUAGACGUCACCUCCCUUUAGCCCUGCAGAAACUGGAACACCGCGUUUAUUCUGUAAAGAAGAAAGACUGUGAUAGUUCAGUGGGUGACUUACCACUGAUCUUGUUUGAUGAUGAACUGUUUACAAUAAAUUAUUCUUCCUUCA